AUGCGCUGGGUACCGCUCCACCGUCUGUACCGCACAUUGCCCGGACACAGAGCCCGGCACCUCAUUGGACGGAUCACAGCAGCUGACUUCCGGGCAGCUUCAUCACUGCCUGCUUCUCUCACCAGGAACAUAAUUCAGAACUCAAAGAAUACAUUCUAUAACCUGCAAAAACAAAAUGCUGCAUUUAAGCCAGUACUGGCUGUAAUUCAGGGAAACGGGGAAGAUCAAACUUUGCAAGCAACAAAAAAUUAUGCACAAGAGCUUGGUGUGGAUAUCAUUUAUAUACACCUAACAGAAGGGAGCAGCGAAGAAGAGGUUAUUGAUGAAAUCUUAAAACUUAAUGAAGAUCCUAAAGUCCAUGGAGUUUCCCUUCAUUUGGCUGAGCCCAGCUUCAGAGUACUAAAUACAGUGACACCAGACAAAGAUGUGGAUGGGGUCACAGAUAUCAACUUGGGAAAGAUGGUCCGUACCAAUGCUGAGGAGGGGUUCACUUCGCCCACUGCUAAAGGUGUUGUCCAUCUCAUAGAACAAUUGGUGAACAACUCAUUCAGUGGGAAGAAUGUGUUGAUUGUUGGUGCCAAUGGUUCCCUGGAGGCCCCUCUGAACUAUCUCCUACAGAAGAAAGGUGUUGUGUCUACAUUUUGUUCCUGGCAGUCCCAACAGCUGCAGAACAAGCUUGGUGCAGCUAAUGUUGUUGUUAUGGGAAGUACAAAGCCUCAGGAGAUUCCGGUUAGCUGGAUAAAACCUGGAACAGUGGUGAUCUUUGCAGGUUCUGACCAGAACAGUGAUGGGCUAACUGGCCAAGUUGUAGGACCACUGACAGCAGCGCUGAGGAUGGAGAAUUUGGCAAAAAGCAGUAGAAGAUGGCUUGAUGCUCAGAAGUAUAAGAAGUGGAACCUUCGUUGCUUAAAGCUACAACCUCUCUCUCCUGUACCCAGUGAUAUCGAGAUUUCUCGAAGACAGAACCCAAAAGCUAUUGAUGUGCUUGCAAAGGAGAUAGGAUUGCUUUCUGAUGAACUCGAAAUGUAUGGCCGCACCAAAGCCAAAGUACGUCUGUCUGUUCUGGAAAGGUUAAAAGAGCAACCAGAUGGAAAAUAUGUCUUAGUUGCAGGCAUAACUCCUACUCCUCUUGGUGAAGGAAAAAGCACAGUUACCAUUGGCCUGGUACAAGCUCUUACUGCACAGAAAGAUAUCAAUUCUUUUGCAUGCUUGAGACAACCUUCACAAGGGCCAACUUUUGGAGUUAAAGGUGGAGCAGCAGGAGGUGGCUAUGCUCAAGUAAUUCCUAUGGAAGAGUUUAACUUGCACUUGACUGGUGAUAUUCAUGCUAUUACAGCAGCCAAUAACCUGCUGGCAGCUGCCAUAGAUGCUAGGAUUCUGCAUGAGAACACUCAAUCAGACAAGGUA